CGGAUACAUUGCAGUUUGAGGGAAGGAAGCAGGAAGUUCAGCAGAUUCUCGAGACACAACCAACUGUAUACUUUAUAUACCUGAACCAACCACUGAUCUCUACAUAACUAUAUUAUAGUUAGUAGAGAUCAGUGGACACAGCACAGCAUGUUUCGGGGUUGUUUUACUCGGAAGAACUUAGUUUUUGGUGCAACGUCAUCUUUUAUUUUAAUUGGAUUUGUGGGUUUGGUUCAGCAAAAAAGCAAAGAUGAUUCAUAUACCGACACAAAUCAAAAGAUGUGAUACGAAAACCGAAGUUGAUAAACAGAAAGAGUUACGAGGAGCAUCAAUUCUUAAAUAUGGGGCACCAGACAGAGGACAAGAUGUGCGCUUUUAUAUAAAUCAUGUGAUAGGAUAUGAUCAAGAGAAGAGAAUUCCUAACUGGGUGGCUGAGCACAUAACAGUUGACCAUCUGAAUGGCUCUGCUGUACGUAAACAUUCACAUUUCAAAGAGGAUACAAAUAUCCCUGAGUUAUUUAGAUCAUCAAACAGUGACUACGAAAACAGUGGCUGGUCAAGGGGUCACAUGGCACCUGCUUCUGAUAGCAAAUAUAGUCAGGCUGCAAUGGAUGAGACAUUCUUGUUCUCCAAUAUUGUUCCCCAAGACAUUGAUAAUAAUGAUGAUUUCUGGGGUCCUUUUGAAAGCUACUGUAGAGAUCUUACCCAACGCUUUGAUGAUGUUCGAAUCAUUACUGGACCAUUGUUUGUUCCCAGCCUUAAGGAAGAUGGAAAAUUAUUCAUGAAAUAUGAGGUGGUUGGUGCUCACCAGGUCGCUGUUCCAACUCAUUUGUACAAGAUUGUUACUGUUGAAAAUACGUCAAGCAAACUUGUAGGUGUUGGUGCUUUCAUUGUUCCCAAUCAACCAAUCUCCAGUGAUCAUGCAAAUCUCACUGAAUAUCAAGUUCCACUUGAAGAUCUAGAAAAAAAAACUGGAUUCACAUUCCUACCAACAUUAGAUUUGAGCCAGACAGAAAACUUAUGUAGUAUUGAUACGUGCAAAUUAAUGUCUGCUAAAGAUUUGCAAAAGUUUGUUAUACGUAAGAAGCUCCAAAGGGCUUCAGAUUUCUGUCAACUUGAAAAAGUCUGGAAAGAAAUGGAGAAGAAAAGAAUCAGCCCAGAGAAGAUUGAUCAUGAUUUAUAUGCAAAGAAAAAAGAAGAAAUAAUGAAUCAAGAAAGUAAAAAAGGUUAAAUCAUGCAGAUUACAGGCGUGGUGCUAUGAUGAUUAUAAAUAAUAUUGUUGCUAAGAAAAAGAGAAAUAAU